AUGUGCGAACAAUCCUCGAAGCUCCUGAGUGAAUAUCCACGCGAAAGAGGAGAGAGUGAGAGUGGUGACCCUGAAGAACUGAAGCGAUGCGGUAUUUCUCCUAGUAUAUUUAGAAAGGUGAAAGUGGGAAAAUGCCCCACCACUAUCACUCAAACGAUGGACCCAAAAAGGGGAAUACCUGGCAGCGGCGAUCCAGAGCGCCGCAAAGGCAAGAGCAAACAUCAAAAAGACAAAAGUCAUGAUAGUGUGCAUGAAAAGCCCGUCGGGUCGGAUGGUCUACGUGAUGCUAUCCUAAUGCCAGAAAGAUAUUGA